CGAAAGAUUCAUGUUUGAUGACAGACAUGUUUGGCGAUAGAAAGCGGAAGACUUUAAUUGGAAGCAACUGAAACUGACCAUCCCACGUACGUCCCGAAAAAAGGUUGUCCCCCAACUUGCACCGCCCAUUUACUGUUCCUCUCCUCAUCGUGACUUGACUCAGAGCCCUUCCAUAUCCCAUUUCCUUGUUUGCUUCCCUGGCUUCCAAGCUAACAGCACAAACCCUUCAUUCUAUCAUCCUAAUGGCAUCGAAUCCAGCUCUUUUGACCUGCCCCGGAUCGACUUGGACUGCCGAGAAGAACAAGCUGUUCGAGGACGCCCUCGCGGUAUAUGAAGAGGGCACGCUGGAUCGAUGGCAGAGAAUCGCGAAUGCUGUUGGUGGGAAGACAUCUGUGGAGGAAGUGAAGAAGCACUAUGAGAUCCUCCAACACGACAUCGACCUCAUCGAGUCGGACAAAGUUCCCCUUCCGCAGUACAAGACAUCCGAGGACAAGCUUGGCAACCAACACAUGAGCUUGAAGCAUUCGAACUUGUGACUCGAGAAGGAAGAGAUAGGCGUGGCGAGGACGCGUCGCACGUAUCUUUCGCCUAGGAUGAUUCGCCAAUCGGAGCUGCACUUGUGUAGAUGGUUUUGUCCACUAGGUGUUCCGAUUUGUUCUACUUCUUUCGAUCUUUUCCCAUCCUCCUAAUCCCUCAGCAUUUGUGCUAAGGAUCAUAGGAACGGCAUAGCUCUCUGUGUUCAUUAAACUAUGAAACUGAUGAAGAUCACGAAUUUCUGCUAUAGUUUAUUGA